AUGAAUCGAUCGCGCGAUGUCCAGAUCAAUGAAGACGUUGAUUUCGAAGCCCUUGUACAAAACAAACAAUUGCUGAAAGGCCUUGAGCAGGCAGGGUACGCCCGCCCGUCACCUAUUCAACUACAAGCCAUUCCGCUCGGUCGACUCGGUGUUGAUCUUAUUGCACAAGCGAAAUCCGGUACUGGAAAAACGGUCGUGUUUGGUGUCAUUAGUCUGGAAGCUAUUCAAACGGAUAUCAAAACUCCUCAAGUUCUUAUGGUGGCGCCAACACGCGAAAUAGCCAUACAGAUACGAGACGUUGUUCGGAACCUGGCCAAAUAUACACCUGGUGUCCAUUGUGAAGCGUUUAUAGGAGGCAUAGCAACUCACACUGACGUCAAGCGGUUAAAAAACUGUCAAAUUGUUGUUGGCACACCAGGUCGAUUGAUGGCAUUACUGCAUAGCAACUCCUUGAACACAAAUGAUAUCAAGCUUUUCGUCAUGGAUGAGGCAGACAAACUCAUGUCAGACGUCUUCGGACAGCAAGUCCAGUACAUCCAUGGUAAACUUCCAAAAAAGAAACAGACACUAGCAUUUUCUGCAACUUUCACCGAAGAGCUACUCGAAACGUUCCAAAGUCUCAUGUAUGAACCACAAAUUGUACGGCUUACUACAGAUGUUCCGGAACUAGAAGGUAAAUCUAAACAUAUCAUAAGCACAGAUAGGAAGCGACUCAAAAUGUACAAGGCAAAGUUUGAGACGACGGCUGAACUACUGAGCAAAAUCCCAUUUUAUCAGUGCAUGGUUUUCGUCAACAGUGCACCAAGAGCUGUAGAAUUGUCCAAAUGGUUAACCCAAGAAGGAUGGAUGUCAGGGCAUAUUAGCGGUAGUUUGACGCAAGUUCAACGAAUUAGUGUGAUGGAGAAGAUGCGAGAAUUCAAAUUACGAGUUCUCGUAUGCAGUGACCUUAUCGCUCGCGGCAUUGAUAUCGAUCGAGUCAAUUUGGUAAUCAAUAUUGAUUAUCCACGCGAAGCUGAUACGUACAUGCAUCGUGUGGGUCGGACUGGUCGAUUUGGUAAGUUUUAA